AUGACUGUUCUUGUAAAAAAUACGCAGCGUUACUUACCGAUACCCAAAACGCUCAAAUGUGAUUUAGAGAAACUCUUGACGUUUUCAAGAUUUCCGGACUGGGAUUUAGGUGUACAUUUAACAGGAAAUCGAUACAUAAAGUAUCUAAACAAAAGAUAUCGAAAUAAAGCAAAACCUACUGAUAUUCUUUCUUUUCCUUUUACUACCGCACUUUCCCCAGGUAUUUUACCACACCCCGAAACACCGGAUUUCCGAAAUCUCGGUGACUUGGUAAUAUCCGUAGAGUACGUGAAACAUUGGUGCGAAAAAUAUGAUCAAAAAUUCCAGAAACGUUUGCCUGUUUUGUGUGUGCAUGGAAUAUGUCAUUUGAUGGGAUAUAAUCAUGAAACGGAUGUUGAAUGGGAAGAGAUGAAAUUACGAGAAGAAGAAAUACUAACUCGAUUUUGGGAAUGGAAACAUAAUUUAUCAUAA